CGAAUGUCACGCCUGCGCCGUUCGGUUCAAUGCAGGAUUCCCGAUAGGCAUUUACAAGCGUCCGUGUUACGCGUUGGUAACUACACAUUGAGGUGACGUCGAUAUCCGACAAUAGUAUAUCAAGGCUCUUGUUCCCGAAAGUUAGCUCUGUGUCCGUCAAAGUCAUCAUGCAGUUGCUCUCCAUCAUUGCCCUUGGUGGCCUUACAGCCAGUGCCUCCGCACGAAGCGUUCAGGCCGUCGGAAAGAAGGCGUCCGACUUUCCCAGACCUCGAUUUGGAUUUCCGGAGCGCACAGUACAGCACCAGAAGCGCCAGGCGACAUCUAUCAUCACGACUGAUGCGUCGAAGAGCUUCACCGUCAAUGGUACCGCUGGCGCAAUUCCAGAUGUCGACUUUGACAUUGGCGAGUCCUACGCCGGUCUUCUCCCUAUCAGCAGCAAGACAAACGAGACAUCAGAGCUGUACUUCUGGUUCUUCCCAUCCGAGAACGAGGACGCGAGUGAUGAGAUCACGAUCUGGCUCAACGGUGGACCCGGGUGCUCUUCUCUGGAAGGGUUUCUACAAGAGAACGGCCCCAUCUCAUGGCAAUACGGCAGCGGCCCAAAGCCUGUCCCAAACGACUGGACAUGGAAAAAUCUAACUAAUAUGGUUUGGGUAGAACAGCCUGUAGGGACGGGAUUUACACAAGGAACCCCUACGGCGACCAGUCAAGAGGAGGUAGCGGAGCAAUUCCUGGGAUUCUUCAAGAACUUCGUCGAUACUUUCGGUCUGAAGAACCGCAAGGUCUAUAUCACCGGCGAAUCUUAUGCGGGACGAUAUGUGCCGUACAUUGCGGACGCCAUGUUGAGCAAGAACGACACGGAGUACUACAACGCCAAGGGAAUUAUGUUCUACGACCCCAGCGUGGCUGAGGAUGCGCUACUUGAAGACAUCCCAGCUGCUGGUUUCCUAGACAAAUGGGCUGGGCUCUUCAACUUGAACGAGUCUUUCACGGAGGAUAUCCACAAGCGUGCCGCUGAGUGCGGAUACACCGACUACAUGGAGACAUAUCUCACCUUCCCACCUCCCGGCAAGUUUCCCACGCCUGAGAACAACGCCUCGGUCGCCGGCUGCGCGAUUUGGGGAGACAUCUUUGAUGCUGUCCUAUUGACAAACCCCUGCUUCGACGUUUACGCUGUUGCGACCACUUGCCCCUUGCUCUGGGACCCUCUGGGUUUCCCCGGUUCCUUCGAUUACGUUGUUGCCGGCACCGAGAUCUACUUCAACCGCACUGCCGUGCAGAAAGCGAUCAACGCGCCCAUCCAACCCUGGGCUGAAUGCUCCGGUGGCGUCCUCGACAAGGACACUUCGCCGCAAUCCAGCUGGGAAGUUAUACCGCGCGUCAUCGAGAAAUUGGACCGAACUAUCAUUGUGCACGGCGAACUCGACUACAUCCUCCUGUUCAACGGCACACUCAUGGCCAUUCAGAACAUGACCUGGGGCGGCCUUCAAGGUUUCCAGACCGCACCCUCCGACAAGUUCUACGUCCCAUACCACGACGACCUCAGCUUGACGAGUUUGAGCGCUAAGGGCGAGAUGGGCAUUACGCACACGGAACGUAAGUUGACGUGGGUUCAGCAGGCACUGAGUGGACACAUGGUGCCGCAGUACCAGCCCAGCAGCGCGUACAGGCAGUUGGAAUUCUUGCUCGGCAGAAUUGAGAGCUUGACCUCCAAGGUGCCGUUCACGACACUGGGAAGCCAAAACGGAACGGUCGCCAAGAGGGAUUUGGGUGUUAUGAACGAUGGAUUGAAGAAGUGGUACUAGAGUAGACGCCCGAGGAUUACGACGUGUAUGUAAUGUAUUGAAACGACUCACAAUCAAUUAUUGACGACUUUUGAAAUGCAAUUCCACGGUAGAAACGCCGAGGGGUUACCAGAUGACUAGGGUCAGUGUACAUG